AUGUCGGACUUUUUCGAGGGUUUCCAGCAGGUCCUCGGCCCCUCCAUAUCGCAGCUCGGAGGGGAAGAGGGUGUCUCUUAUUCAGAUAGCGGUCUAGUACAGAGGCGCCUCUGGCAAUAUCGAACACAGAAAAUCUCGGCUUUCGUAGCCACAGGGAACUUGCAUCUUGCGGUUAUCCUGUUAUCAUGUGUAGUACUGCUUGCGUUCGGCCUGCAUUAUGCGGCUUGUGCCGCCAGGUCAAAAUCUCGGACAAAAGCAGAAUCACCGAAUGAAGAUCUGCCCAUUAGGGCUUCUCUACCCUUUGCAUUCUUGCAUCUGGCGGCUGCAAUAGCUGCUUGUUGUCUCGGCUGGAUCGAUGCACAGCAUACAGAGAACUGGAAACAAGCGACCGCGGUGAGCUAUGGGGUGUUAUUGGGCUUCCUGCAGUUUUGCUUCCGGAAUGAGCGGGCUCGGACUCACCUAUAUCGCCAUAUCAAUGCCGUAGUCCUUGCACUAUUCCUUUUAGCAUGCGUCCAGGAUCUGGUCCCCUUGUUAAUUGUCGGGGCGACAUCUGGCCUAAGUGUGCUCAGGGGUGGCCUCAUAGUUUGCCUGGCUGCUGUGUUGAUAGUCGCAGCUGCGACGCCCAGGCCACGGCGUUUGUUUGUCCCUGAUCCAGAAAACGAGGAAACGGAAACGGUCCACGAGGUGUCGCCGGAAGAGACGUGUUCUUUGUUCUCAUACUAUUGCUCGUACGAAUGGCUGACAUAUGUGAUCUUGCGAGGCUGUCGGAGGGACCUAACCAUGGAUGACCUCCCUCCGUUGCCUCGCGGCAAGACAUUCCGAACACUGUGUCGGUUGCUCCAAACUGAAAUCAAGAGCAUGAUGUGCUGGUCGUCCGUCACGGCGGUUCUGGAUUUUGUCGCACCGUAUUCAAUGCUGCGACUGCUAGCGUACCUCGAAACCCCGGACGAGGCCAUCCUUCAUCCAGCCCUGUGGGUGGCCCUUUUAUUUAUCGGCCCAAUGUCACGAUCGCUCUGUUAUCAGCAAUACAUUUUCACUGCGACUCGACUUCUUGUUAGAGUCAAUGUGUCGCUGGUACAGGAGAUAUAUCAGACCGCAAUGCGGUCGUACCUUUAUGAUGACUCUAUCGUCGAAACUAAUACAGAAGAUCGCCCGAAGUCCUCUCGAAAGAUGAGAGAUUCCGCAAAAGGGGCACCAAAGUCGAGUCAGGCUAACAUAACCAGCCUCAUGUCGUAUGAUGUGGACGCCAUAUACAACUCUCGAGACAUCUUCUUCGUGGUCACUGCAGCCCCAAUAGCCACCACAGUCGCCGUGAUAUUCCUCUAUCGAAUGCUCGGCUGGCCAUCACUGUUGGGAGUCUCUGCGCUUCUAUGUCUGUCUCCUCUCCCUGCCUUGGCCUCACGCAGGGUGUCACGCAUCCAGAGAUCGGUAAUGCAAGCUACGGAUGUUCGACUCUCGAAAAUCUCAGAGUACUUGAACUCCAUCCGUACUCUGAAAUAUUUCGGGUGGGAGCAUGCCGCAAUGGACUCGAUCAACGAAGCUCGAGGCGUGGAACAACGCCGCCUCUGGAAACGGAGUGUGUAUGCUGCGGCAAUCUCAAUGGCGGGCGACCUGCUACCGAUGGUGAGCUUGCUCGUCAUGUUCUCCGUCUUCGUGCUAUUUACCAAUGACACUCUGCGGGCCGCCACGGCCUUCACAUCUCUGUCUAUCAUGGAGACCUUGCGGUCCCAGUUCGUCUGGCUGUCAAAUAUCAGCCGAGCCUCUGCCCAAGGAGCAGAGUCGCUGCGGCGAGUCGACCGCUUUUUCGACACCGCAAUGGAAAUCAAACAUCACCCUGAAGGACCGUUGGAGCUCAAGCAUGCAACAUUUCGCCGCACCCCGAUUGCUGCUUUCAGAUUGCAUGAUGUAUCGGUGCGCUUCAGACCACGCGCCCUGAACGUAGUGACAGGUCCCACCGGCAGUGGAAAGACGUCUCUCUUGCUUUCUUUGCUGGGAGAAACUGUCCUCGAAUCUGGAACGGCUUCAUGCCCACGAGACGUGGCUUAUGUCCCACAAGCUCCUUGGCUCCAGAAUGACACAAUCCGCGAAAACAUCACCUUCUUCAGCCCGUUUGACAAGGCCCGCUACAAUGCGGUUAUCGAAGCCAGCGGGUUGGUUCAAGACCUCCGACAGCUGCCGGCCGGAGAUCGGACGGUCGUGGGCGAAAAGGGCACCUCACUUUCUGGCGGUCAAAAGCAAAGAGUAUCCUUGGCGAGGGCGCUAUAUUCGCAGUCCUCCACCCUCCUGCUGGAUGAUAUCUUCUCUGCGCUUGACACUCAUACCACGACACUGGUUUACGACAAGUGUUUUCGUAGUGGGUUGCUCUCGGAUAGAACCGUCGUUCUUAUCACGCAUUAUCCGGCCGCGCUGCAGGAUGCUGAACUGCUUGUACGGCUCGACCAUGGCAAGGCAUCUACGGUAGAAACACCUUCGAACCUCCCCCAGACCCUUCUACAGCGUACGGGCUGCAGUACCCCCGCAACCGACACAGAUUCGGUAUCCUUAGGUAACCCCCUGAUCGUAGAGGAGCCCUAUGAUGCCCCUUCGGAGCCGACAACCACCAUUGCCCCGGCACAUGAGCAGCAAAAUCCGCAGAUAGGGCGCAUAGCGAAGGAAACAUCAGCUACGGGGCGUGUGCCGCGCACUUUAGCCUUACAAUACAUGCUCCUAUUCGGCGGGCCUUGCUACGCACCGGUAGCAAUGGCAGUCACGAUCGCAGUGCAACUUGCCUAUUUCGCAAUCACCUACUGGCUCUCUAUCUGGAUGGGCGCCUACGAGAAGUAUGAGAACCCAAACUCCCUCUACUACCUAGGGGUCUACGCCGCUGCGAUCAUCCUCUUCCUGUUGCUGCAGCUCAGUGGCAAUCUCCUCUAUCAGUACGGGAGCUGGACCGCGGCAAAGAAGAUGCACAGGCGACUAGUGACGGCGGUCCUAUCUGCUCCCAUUUCUUGGUUCGACCAGAAUCCAAUCGGACGAUUGAUCAACCGUUUCGGCAACGACACCCGGUCGCUAGACACCGUGCUGAUAGACUGGCUGCGGAUGUCCAUAGAGAACGGGCUGCGGUUCCUGCUUCGCAUUGCCAGCGUUGCCUCUAUCAUGCCUAUAUUCGCUCUUCCGGCUGCUGUCAUAUGCACCGUCGGGUUCGUCAUCGGAGAGAUGUACACCCGCACGCAGGUGUCCAUCAAGCGGCUGACGUCCAUUAACUACUCUCCCGUGUUUUCGCAUUUCACCGACUCUCUUUCAGGCCUGUGCGUGAUCCGUGCGCGCAAGGACAUGGAUCUGGUGUUCCAGAGGCUCCUCGCCGAGAAGCUGGCUGUCCAUGCCCGCUCCGCAGAAACACAGUAUAACUGCAACCGGUGGAUAUCCGUGCGAUCCGAUUUCUGUGCCGCCUCUGUUGCCGCCGCCGCGGGCUGCGUGGCGUACUUCUGGUCUGGGCCAGCAGGGCUAGUAGGCUUCUCCUUGACGAACGCGAUCGGUCUCAGCCAGAACAUCCUCAACUUAGUCCGGACCAUGAACGAGCUGGAGGUCGAGCUGAACUGUUUCCAGCGGGUGCGUGAAUACACCGACAUCGAACCGGAGGAGCACCUGGAAGCCAAGUCGUCGUCAGUUGUCCCAGCCAGCUGGCCCACAUCCGGGCGUGUCGAGUUCCACAACGUCACCGCGCGAUACCAGGACGACGGCCCCGACGUGCUGCGCAAUGUAUCCUUCGUGGCGAACCCCGGCGAGCGCAUUGGUCUCGUCGGCCGAACAGGAAGCGGCAAGAGCACGCUCGGGCUCUCCCUACUGCGAUUCGUGAACCUCGCCGCGGGCCAGAUCACCAUCGACGGCGUCGACAUCACCACGAUCCUCCUGAACCGGCUGCGCACCAGCGUCACCCUGAUCCCCCAAGAACCGGUCCUGUUCUCCGGCGACGUCCACUCCAACCUCGACCCCUUCGGCGCCUCCAGCGAAACCGAACUCGCCUCCGCCCUGGCGGCCUGCACCUCCAUCCACGUCCCGGACCACGCCCAUCCCACCAAAACCACCCGCCCCCUCGCCCUAGACACCGCCGUGGCGGCCAACGGCGAGAACUUCAGCCAGGGCCAGCGCCAGGUGCUCAGUCUCGCGCGGGCCAUGUGUCGCCGAUCAAAGGUCGUGCUGCUGGACGAGGCCACGGCGUCCGUCGACCAUGAGACCGACAUGCACAUGCAGCGGGUCCUGAGGGAGAUGUUCCCAGACUGCACCAUCAUCGCCAUCGCGCAUCGGUUGAGAACCAUUAUGGAUUACGAUCGCGUGCUUGUUAUGGCCGAUGGGGAGAUUGUAGAGAACGACACGCCCGCCAACCUUGUCAAGCAAGAAGGCAUUUUCUGGGACAUGCUGCGCAACACAGGCGAGUAUGACGAGCUGGUCCAGAUGAUCGAGACAAAGCCAUCUACACUGUGA